GCUCUCAGAGAACUCCGCUAGAAUCAGGAAAGACUGGCUCUGAAAGGCGGCCAGUCAAGAAACAGUUAGCACGUGGGGAAAGAAAGAAAAAACGUUGAAAAGAUUCUUCAAACUGCUGUAAUGGCGGAUUCUGAUCGCGCGAAUGCAUUUCUGGUAAUCUCUCCGCUAGUUUGUGAUUUCCGGUGAAUUCUCGUUCAUUAUUCCCCGUGUUCUUCAAUCAGUCAACAGUGGAGGUUCUCGAUCCGCGAUUUCUACUGCAAAUCAAAGCAGCCCAACUACUUCACCCAUGGCUGCUUACGAAAGGGAUGUAGUACCAAUGUUAUCAGCUACUGAUUCACAAAAUAAUGAAAGGGAUGCAUCUUAUUUUCGUAGAUUGUCCUACAGGGCUAGGAGAUCACUUUCUAUUCCCGCUAACUCCUCUGAGUCAUACGAUAGUGAAAAUAAUCAUGUCGGAUUUACUGGUCCCUUGAGAAAUCAAAGGCAGAAUUCUUUUGUACAGAUGACUGAGAGGAGUGACCCAUUGUAUGUUGGUCACACACCAAUGAACAACCUCAGACCAUCACAAGUAGCAGUAGAACCCAACUCAACUGGGCCUACAGUGGAAACAUAUCCUUCCUUUGCUAAAAGGGAAACCAUUGGUUGGGAGGAUUAUGACUAUGAACUGAAAAAUGAACAUCUCAUGAAGUCGGGGCAACUGGGUGUAUGCAAUGACCCAUACUGCACAACAUGCCCACCAAUUGGCAUCUUAAAGGCACAGGGUAGAAGGUCAAGACCCUCACAGAUAUUUGAUCACAAGUUCCAUAAUAUGCUCUACGGAGAAGCAAGAGGUUGGGCAGAGAGAACUUGUUCUUUCUUUUGGUCGUGCCUUCCAGGUGUCAUGAACCCUCAUACUAAGCUUGUGCAACGGUGGAACAAGUUCUUCAUGAUCUCAUGUUUACUUGCAGUUUUCAUAGAUCCACUGUUCUUUUUUUUGCUGACUGUCAAUAAGGAUAACAAAUGCAUAGUGCUUAAUUGGACCAUGAGAACUACAAUUGUGAUUUGGAGGAGUUUGACUGAUUUCAUAUACUUAAUGCAUAUGCUUCUUCAGUUUCGCUUGGCUUAUAUUGCUCCUGAGUCCAUGGUUGUGGGAGCGGGUGACUUAGUUGAUCAUCCCAAAAAGAUUGCUGUCAAUUAUCUUAAAGGAUAUUUUUUGAUCGAUUUCUUUGUUGUAUUGCCAUUGCCUCAGAUCAUUAUACUGGUGAUUUUACCUGGUUCAACGGGAUCGUCUGGUGCGAAUAAUGCGAAAAACUUUUUACGAGCAGCAUUUUUGGUGCAAUAUAUACCUAGAUUGUGGCGGUUUCUUCCUAUGCUAAGAGGCCAGUCCCCAAGCGGCUUCAUAUUUGAGUCAGCAUGGGCAAACUUUGUGAUAAAUUUUCUAACAUUUAUGUUGUCCAGCCAUGUGGUCGGAUCAUGUUGGUAUCUUUUUGGCUUACAGAGGGUGAAUCAAUGUUUCCGCGAAGCCUGUCAUAAUUCACAAAUAAAAAGGUGCAGAGAUUUCAUUGACUGUGGGCAUGGCAAUGAUUACACUAAUUUCUCAUCAGAGCCGUCAUGGGAGCAAUGGAAGAGUGAUGUAAAUGCAGUUGCUUGUUUUAGUAGUGAUGGUUUUGAGUAUGGAAUAUAUGGUUCAGCAGUCAACCUCACAACCAAGCAAAGCUUAGUUACAAGAUAUGUGUACUCACUGUCCUGGGGCUUCCAGCAAAUAAGCACACUGGCUGGGAAUCUUGUCCCAAGUUAUUUUGAGUGGGAAGUUCUUUUCACUAUGGGCAUUGUUGGACUAGGACUCCUACUUUUUGCUCUGCUCAUUGGAAAUAUGCAAAACUUUCUACAAUCUCUUGGAAGCAGGCAGUUGGAAAUGUCACUGAGGCGCCGUGAUAUUGAGAAGUGGAUGAGCCACCGGCGCUUGCCAGAAGAUUUAAGAAGGCGAGUACGUCAAGCUGAACGCUAUACUUGGGCAGCUACCCGAGGGGUGAAUGAAGAAGUGCUGUUGGAGAACCUACCUGAAGAUGUAAAAAGAGAUAUUCGGAGACAUCUUUUUAUGUUUGUCAAGAAGGUUUACAUUUUAUCACUUCUAGAUGAGCCAGUGUUAGAUGCCAUAUGUGAAAGACUAAGGCAAACAACAUAUAUAGAAGGAAGCAGAGUUUUGUACCGAGGUGGCCUUAUUGACAAGAUGGUAUUCAUCAUCAGGGGAAAGAUGGAGAGCACUGGAGAGGAUGGAAAUGUGGCGUUGCUGGCUGAAGGUAAUGCUUGUGGGGAAGAACUCCUCACAUGGUGUCUAGAACAGUCUUCCUUGUACAAAGAUGGAAUGAAGUCGAGGACUUAUGGACACAGGCUCCUGAGUAACCGGAUUGUGAAGUGCCUGACAAAUGUUGAAGCAUUUAUAUUGCGGGAAGCAGAUCUCGAAGAAGUCAUUUCUCUCUUUGCAAGAUUUUUGAGGAACCCGCGUGUUCAGGGUGCCAUCAGGUAUAAAUCGCCAUAUUGGCGUACACUUGCUGCUAGGUGCAUCCAAGUGGCUUGGAGGUAUAGGAAGAAGCGCCUAAGCCGUGGUGAUGUGUUUAGUUUGAGGCACAGUUUAAGGAUGCAAUGAUAACACUUGCAUCGAAAUAUGGGAUUAAAUGAAAAUCGAUUAGGUUGUGAAAGAAGGUGUGCCUUUUCAAGAAUCAAUUUGAUUUGUUGCUUGUCUAGUCAAUUAUGGAGGCUAUUCGCCUCUUGUAGAGGUUGAUGAAGAAUAUAGGACUAAGAAGAACAUACAUGCGGUAUAUAUUGACCUGAGAAAAGUGUACGACAAGAUGCAAAAGAACUAUUGAGAUCUUAUGGAGGUGUCUAGAGUUCAGAGGGGGUCUGAUUGCAUACAUUCUUGAAACCAAAAUAUGCAUGUCGAGGAUGUUAAGGGAGAGGUGCCUUGGUGUAUGCUAUUUAGUGAUGGUAUUGCAUUGAUCGACGAGAUGCAUACGGAACUCAAUGACACAUUAGAAAUGUGAUGUCAUUCCCAAGGAAUUUAAAGACUUCUGAUUGGAUAGGAUUAAAACUAAAUACAUGAAAUGUUGCCUUGGGGUCAGGUGAUGGAAUUAGAAGUGGAGGUAAGGAUUGAUUCACACUCAGUGCCUUUGAAGCACAAGUUUCAAUAUCUUAGUUUGGUCAUUCAUGCACAUGGAGAGAUAGGUGGGAUGUUGUUCAUCGCAUCAAAAUUGGUUGGGCAAAGUGGAAGCUUGCUUCGGUAUUAGGAGGGAGUAGAGGUAGGGGUGUAUCUAGAAAGAAUUGGAAGGAGAUAAGACUUGAGACUUCUCGCUCUCCCCAAAGAGAUGACCUUAGAUAGGUACGUAUA